CGUUCCUGGCCAAUCAACGCUCUGUUGUCACUAAACCGAAACCGAUAGUGACAUUCCAUGCGUGUCAGCCUCUGAUCUUGCUCUGCGUCAUCGUAUCAUUCGCGAUGGCCAAGAACGCGCUGCUUAACCUGUAUCUGCUGGCCUUCAAUGCUACCUCGUGCGCUGGCUGGGCCUACGUGCUGUAUCUGACCGUGACAACGGUGCUCGAGGCGCAUGGUGCCGGCCAGGACUGGAACCAGGUGGCUCAGAGCACGUGGCUCGUGGUGUCAAUGCCCCUCAAGAUAGUGCAGACUAUGGCUGUGAUGGAAAUCGUACACGCUGCUGUGGGCUUCGUCCGCUCUCCGUUGGGCUCUACGCUCAUGCAGGUGAGCUCGCGUCUGUGGCUGGUCUGGGCUAUCAACGUGCUGUGUCCCGUGUCUCGCUACCAAUUUGGCUUCCCGCUCAUGGUGGCUAGCUGGGGCCUCGUGGAGGUACCGCGCUACUCCUUCUACGCUCUCAACCUGUACAAUGCUGUGCCCGGUUUCCUAUUCUUCCUGCGCUACCAUCUUUUCAUGGUGCUCUACCCGUCGGGUGUGCUCGGUGAGGUGCUGUGCAUGGUGAGUUCAUUGGGUUUUCUGUCCACUGGCGCGUACUCCAUCCAGCAGCCGAACACGCACAACAUCUCCAUCUCGCUCUACGUGGUGGUCAUCCUCGUGCUGCUCGUGUACAUCCCCGGUCUGCCCGUCAUGUACGGCCACAUGCUCACACAGCGUAACCGUGCAUACUCCAAGAUCAAGGCGGCGUAGAACACGCAAGUGUCAUAAGCAUAUCGCGAUCGCUGUUUAGAAUCUGGUAAAGACGUUGAAGCAGUGCAGAUCAACAAGAAAAUAUUGCGCGCUUGUGCGUGUGCGCUAGUCUAUUUGAUAUAGCUUCUUGUUGCUUCCCUCUGUGCUGCAUUAUGGACUAGUUUCGGUUCGCCUAGUGCUCGAUUGCAAGGCCAGCUAGUUCCUCCCCUUAGAUAACACUACCCGACGCAGUAAAGUUUACAGAUAUCCCACUCAUUCCGUCACCUCCCUUCGAGCU